AUGUCGCAUUUCUAUCCGAGAGUCGAAUAUGCCGAAGACCAACCUAUGGCACGAACGAUCCUCGCAACCCAUGUCCUUAGCCGUGGUUUCCAGUUAGGGUCGGCGAUUGGCCUACUUAACAGCAGUAUCAAAGCCCUUGUCAAACGUUUGCCCUUCACUCUUCCUGUUGCACUUCACUCCGCUGGCCUAGGAGGGGCUAUUGGGGCUGGAACAAUGGGGAUUGGCCUGAUAGCUCGGAUGUGGGGCCGGGAUGAGAUCGAGUGGAUGGAUCGCAGUUGGAGAUUGUUGAACAACCAUGGACAAGUGACUAUUGAUCACUGGAGUGAGGCUGGAGCAGUUUUGGGUGCUGUCGCCAUGGUUGUGAUCCGGUCACCUGGAGCUGGGUUGGCAGCUUGGCGUGGUCAGAUCGGCGGUGCGGGCAUCGGAUCACUGAUUGGGGUCGGUUGCGGCAUGUGUGCCAGUCGAGUAUUGCCACAAGAAAGGGAAUGA